GACACACAACACUAUUUCCUCAAAGAAUUUUUCAAAGUCAUUAGCCAUGGCCGUCCUUCACUCUAUUUUCUUCCUUCCUUGCAACACCCUCUCACAACUCUUUUAAAUCUCCAUAAACUGAUCAAAUCCAAAUCUCCAUUUCCACAAAUUCUUAGUCAAACAUGAAGAUCUCACCAAAAGUCAAACUCAUUCUCUGCAUUUUCUCAAUCUUUUCAUCUUCAACUUCAACCAAUGCAUUCCUCCACUUUUUCCCCAACAUUUCAUCCAUUCCACCUUCAUUAUUACCAAACACCACCAAAAGUGCUUGGAACACCUUCACCAACCUCUCCGGUUGCCACUCCGGCCAAAAUGUUGCCGGUAUUUCCAAACUCAAAUCUUAUUUCCGUUACUUCGGUUACAUAAGUAACAAUAUCAACACCACCAGCAAAAACAACUUCACCGAUGAGUUCGACGACGCGCUUGAACGCGCCGUCUUAAACUACCAGAAGAAUUUCAACCUAAACACUACCGGUGAACUGGAUGAAGAGACGGUGAAACAAAUCUUAAAACCUAGAUGUGGAGUUGCAGAUAUCGUGAACGGAUCUACAACUAUGAAUUCAGGUAAAGUCACGCCGCCGCCGAGUAACGGCAACACCGUGGCUCACUACUCGUUUUUCCCCGGGCGGCCACGGUGGCCGUCACGGCGGCGUGACUUAACCUAUGCGUUUGAUCCACGCAACCAGCUUUCCGCCGACGUGAAACGCGUUUUCGCUAACGCGUUCAGUCGGUGGUCAGAAUGGACGCCGUUAACGUUUACCGAAAGCGGUAACUACUUCACUGCUGAUAUGAAGAUCGGAUUCUACGCUGGAGAACAUGGCGAUGGUGAGGAGUUUGACGGUGUGUUGGGGACGUUAGCUCACGCGUUUGCACCGCCUAGAGGCUUGUUGCAUCUAGACAGUGACGAAACGUGGAUUGUUGGUGAAAUAUCUGGUUCUGGAACAGGAGCAGAAAUGGAUCUGGAAUCAGUGGCGGUGCAUGAGAUCGGGCAUUUGUUAGGGUUAGGACACUCGUCGGUGGAAAAUGCGAUUAUGUUUCCGACGAUAGCUUCGGGGAUGAGGAAGGUGGAGCUUGAUAGAGAUGAUGUUGAAGGUAUACAGGAGUUGUACGGUUCAAACCCUGGUAAUAAUGGGACGACUGGACCGUCGUUUGGGGAGAGGGAAGUGAGUCGGGGGUGUCGUGACUCGUUCAUGGGUUGGAUCUUGUUAUUGGCCGUUGGAUUGACUUUGUUUGUGUUGUAAAUGAUUGAUGAUGAUUUUUUUUUGAAAGCAUGAUUUUUAUUUUUUAGUUUUGAGAUUUGUCUUCAAUGAUUUUUUUGGAUUAUUGAGGGUGUAGUGGAGAUGUUUUUUUUUUUUUUUUUUAAUAUAUUCUUUUCGUAGAGUC